AUGGACCUCAUCUCUCAGAUCAACAAUUGCACCAGCAAUGAUGAGCUCUGCGAGCUAAAAGACAAAGUAGGUCAGCUCAACAAAGAGUCUAAAAUGCCACUCCCGCCGUUUGAACGAAGAAAGCUUCUCCAGAAAACCCAAAGAGCCAAUAGAGCCAUCGAGGAAGCCAACAACCGCGUCAACAGCGACUACUUUCGCUUUGAAGGCCCUCCACAGCCGCCGCUGUUAGUCCCCACGCAUACCGAAUCAGGAAAUCAACCAUCCCUGACCGUAGCAUCUAACCACUUCAGUGACAUCAACAACACCACUUUGGAGUUGGACAAGUGGCUAGCCCCAGGUCACGCCAGCGUGAGCAAUGUUGCUUUCUCCACUAUCUUCAACAACAAAGUGUGGCCAGGACUGAUGCGUCUCGAGAACGUGGCCGACUCAACCCUAACGGUCAACACAACCGGUCCCCUCAUGGCACGCAACGUCGCCAACUCUACACUCACCGUUCAGUGCCACCAGCUCCGGCUCCACAAUCUACGCAAUUGCACUGUCUACGUGAGGAGGAAUUGUGCAGUGGUAAUGGAAGAGUGCGCUGGGAUCAGAUUUGGAGAAAGGGUGCAAGGGGAGGGAAAAGAAGGGGAAGGUCAGGUCGAAAAAGGGGAACGAGAGGGUAAGGCCAACAAAGUUGAGCCGGGGCCAGGAGCGAAAAAUAAAGCCAGCUUCAGGGCGUGCCUCCAGGUUUUUGACUUUUCGUGGCCCUCGAGCGCGGAUAAUCCAAACUACGACUUUGUAGAGGGUCAGGCGAGUGAGGCCUCAGGAGGUUAG